AGCCUGAGAAUGUGACAGCAGAGUCAGCUUCUUGCUUACGACUUAAACAUUAUCACGCUGAUAUUGUGAGUGUUAAAACUAGAUUGAAACAAUAAUUAAAACGAUGGAUGAUAAAAAAAUAUGUAAAUCAUGGAACGGUAUUGACUCCGGUGAAGAGAUCAUUAUUUCUGGCAUUAGCGGCAGAUUUCCAGAUUCAGACAAUAUGAAUAAGUUACGAGAAAAUCUAUUUAAUAAAGUUGACCUUGUUAAAGCAAAUCAUGAUCGAUGGAAAGAAGAUUUUGUUCCGGAUAUUUCAAGCCGUAUAGGAACAGUUAACAAUGUGAAAAAAUUUGAUAAAAAUUUCUUCGAUUUAUCUUUCACUCAAGCCCACACACUCUCUCCUGAAUCGAGACUAUUAAUGGAACAUUCUUACGAAGCAAUUAUCGAUGCGGGAAUCAACCCAAAGCAAUUACGAGGAAAAAAUACUGCUGUAAUUACAGGGACAUGUUAUAUUGAACUACAGAAGAAAUUUCUAUAUAAAAAAGCUCAGUUAAGCGGUCUUAAUAUUAUUGGAUGUAACUACUCUACAACAGCGAACAUGAUUUCAUAUUACUUGGAUCUAAAAGGACCGUCACAUAUAGUUGAUACAGCAUGCAGUUCUAGCCUUUAUGCUGUGGCACUUGGUUAUAAUUAUAUUAUGUCAGGAAUAUGUGAAGACGCGAUAAUUGGGACUGCAAAUCUAUGUUUUAGUCCAGCUAUAAGUCAACAAUUUCAUAAUCUUGGUAUUUUGUCACCUAAUGGUUAUUGCAGACCUUUCGAUUCCGCUGCAAAUGGUUUUGUGCGUGCUGAAACGGUGGCAGUAAUAUACCUACAAAAGCAAAGAAUGCAAAAAAGGAUUUAUGCUAUAUGUCCACAUAUUAAAAUAAACAGCGAUGGUUACAAACAAGAAGGAAUAACAAUACCCAUCACUUCCAUGCAGAGUACUUUACUAACAGAAUUUUACAAUGAGUGCGGAAUACCAACAUCUUGCUUGGAUUACAUUGAAGCACAUGGUACCGGAACCAAAGUUGGCGAUCCUCAGGAAAUUGGUGCAAUUCAGAACAUUUUGUGUACAAAUAGAGAAACUCCAUUAAUGAUUGGCUCCGUAAAAUCUAAUCUUGGUCAUGCUGAACCAGCAAGUGGCUUGACUCAGAUUGCCAAGAACAAUGUUCCACUGUUCUCGUAACAGUUACGUCAUUUUCCAGUUACAAUUUGGUCAA